GACUCGACAACAUCGUACUUCUCGUUGUUUGUUAGUAACUGAAGAGAAAUAUAAUUUUUAAAAAACCACGGUGAAAAUAUAAGGAUUUACCACAAACCCUGUAACACACAGUCCACAACGUCCGGAAGAAGGCGGGAAGGUCGGACACAAUUGGCUGACGGACUCUUCUCCAUUACAGGAUAUUGCAGCAUGAAGAAAGAGCAAGUUGUCAGCUGUCAGUUCUCGGUUUGGUAUCCUAUAUUCAAAAAGCUUACAAUUAAAAGCCGUAUUCUCCCACUGCCUCAGGAUGUAAUAGAGUAUUUACUGGACGAUGGGACACUGGUAGUCUCUGGGAGUGACCACGACACACAGCAGGUGUUCAAUAACAACAGCUCUGAUGUAGAGGAAGACGUUCAGUGGUCAGAUGAUGAAACUACCACCACUGUCACAGCUCCCGAGUUCCCAGAAUUCACCUCCAAAGUGCUGGAGGCAAUAAAUGCCCUGGGCGGCAGUGUCUUCCCCAAACUGAACUGGAGUGCCCCAAGAGAUGCUAACUGGAUAGCUCUGAACAGUUCUCUACAGUGUCACAGCCUCAGUGACAUAUUUCUGCUUUUUAAAAGCUCUGACUUCAUCACUCACGACCUCACGCAGCCGUUCCUUCAGUGCAGUGACCAGGACUCUCCAGAUCCAGUCAUCAAAUAUGAGCUGGUCCUGAGACGGUGGAGUGAGCUGAUUCCUGGAGGAGAGUUCCGCUGCUUUGUCAAAGAAAACAAACUGAUCGCCAUCUCCCAGAGAGACUACACACAGUUCUACCAGCACAUCCUGAAGCAGGAGCAGCAGAUCCGUCAGGCUCUGCAGGACUUCUUCUCCCAGCACGUCCAGUUCAGGUUCCCAGGAGAAGACUUCGUGUUGGACGUCUACAGAGACAGCAACGGUAAGGUGUGGCUGAUCGACCUGAACCCAUUUGGAGAAGUGACCGACUCUCUGCUCUUCACCUGGGAGGAGUUAACAUCUGGAGGAGGCCAGUCCCAGCAGCAGGAGGACCUGGUUUUCCGUUACACCACCAGUGAGGUGACGGUGCAGCCCAGUCCGUGUCUGAGCUACAGAAUCCCACGAGACUUCGUGGACCUCUCCACUGGAGAAGACGCCUACAAACUCAUCGACUUCCUGAAACUGAAGAAAAAUCAACAGGAAGAGGAGGAGGAAGAGGAGGGGGGAGUCACUGUGACAUCUACUGACUGA